GAGGCGGAGGUCCUCGCCGUGCUGACCCAGAGGAAGAUGAUGCAGUUGGAGACGACGAUGAAGGGGAGGACAUGGAGAAAUCUAAUGGAAAUGGAAAUGGAAAUGGGGAUGAUGAUGAUCUGACAGAAGAUGAGAGUCUGUGUGACCAGCCCCAGGAUGGCCAGCCAGAUGAUCCUGAUGAUCUGGAACAGCUUUUCUCAUCUGUGAUGACAGCACGGGAUGGAGAGCGUGACAUGAGCCUCAUCUUCCAGCUCCUUCCUUCAAAAUCUAAAUACCCUGAGUACUUUGAAAUCAUCAAAGAGCCUGUUGAUCUGAAGAUGAUUGCACAGAAGAUACAAGAGGGCCAGUACAAGUACCGCAGACAGAUGGAGAGGGAUCUCAUGGUGAUGAUCAAGAAUGCCAAGACCUUCAAUGAACCCAAGUCUCAGAUAUAUAAGGAUGCUGUUUCCCUGAAGAAAAUCAUUGCUGCCAAGAGCCAUGAACUGGAGUACAAGAAACAGGGUUUGCUGAAGAGCAGUGAGAGAAUAAGAACAAGAGAGAGAACCAAUAUCCAGCGUCUGUCUGCUGUAUGUGCAGCACUGAAAUACCAGUCUGAUGAGGAUGCCGAAGUGGCCUCCCAGUCUGGGAGUCACAUGGAUUAUGAAGCAGAAUCAGAAGGGGACACCAGUGUCGCAGAGGAUGAAUCCCCAUUGUGGGGCUUGUAUUAUGCUGUCAAGAACUACAAGACCCCCAACGGUGACCAACUGUCUGAACCUUUUUUAAAACUGCCCAGCAAGAGGUUCUACCCUGACUACUAUGAGGAAAUAAAGAAACCUAUUUCUUUAUACAACAUCCGAAAGAAACUGAAAGUGACCCAGUACCGCAAUCUUGGAGAGCUGCAGGCAGAUCUCAACCUGGUGUUUGACAACGCCAAGCACUACAACCAGGAUACAUCCAAACUCUACCGGGAUGCUGUAGUCCUACAGAAAUACACAGCUGAGAAGAAGAAGGAGCUUGACAAGUAUGACAAGGAGGUGGUGGCAGCAGCCGACCCGACCCCUGUGACCAUUGACCUCCCCAUGGUGAAACAAGAACAUGUUGAGGAGGAACAUACCCCUAAGGGCAAAGGUCGGCGCAGUGCUGCAGGCGACAGCGAGAAGAAGAAGUCCACCAAGAAGAGCCCUGAAGAUGGGGGCAUGAAGAGGAGGAUGUGGAUUCUCUACAAGACAGUGUUUGACUAUACGGAUGGUGGUGGCCGACAGCUGCGACACAUCUUCAUGGUGCUGCCGUCACGGAAAGACUACCCCGACUACUACCAGGUGAUCAUGGAACCCAUCGACAUGGGCAUGAUUGAGACGAAAAUCAGGAACGAGAAGUAUGCCAAUGAGCAGCAGCUGCUGAAUGACUUCGAGCUGAUGUUCAACAAUGCCCGCCACUACAACGAGGAGGGGUCCCAGGUGUACCAGGAUGCUAACACCCUAGACCGGGCACUCAAACACAAGUGGCGCUACAUGAGCUCAGUUGCCCCAUCCAAGUCAGGCAAGGCUUCCAGCAAGCCCAAGUCGAAGAUGUCAUCCCCCCUGAUUCAGAAGCUGCAGGACCUGUGUGAGACCAUCCGGGACUACCAGGACAAGUCGGGAAGAGUGCUGUCUACACCCUUCCUCAAACUACCUCUCAAGAGUGACUACCCUGACUACUACGAGGUGAUCAAGCGGCCGGUGGACAUGCAGCGGAUUCAACAGAGAAUGGAGUCCAGCCACAACAGAUAUGAAAGUGUGGAGGACAUGGUGGCCGACUUUGUACAGAUGUUUGACAACGCCUGCAAGUACAAUGAACCAGACUCUCUCAUAUACAAGGAUGCACUGACUCUGCAGCGUAUCUGUCUGGAGAAGAAGGUGGAACUGACGUCUGGUGGGAUGAACAAUGUCCCUGAUGUCAGGGCUGUUGUACAGGAGCUCAUGACCAACCUCUUCAUCUCCUGCUACAACUACCAGGACGAGGAGGGUCGCUGUUACAGUGAUUCCUUUGCUGAGCUGGUUGACAAGGAUUCCAGCGCAGAGGGAGAGGAACCUGUAGAAAAGCCACCAACAUUUGACCACAUCAAGAGAAACUUGGAUAAGGGCCGGUACCGGAGAAUGGACAAGUUCCAGGAAGAUAUGUUCAAGGUGUUUGAGUAUGCCAGGAAGGUCAGCAGGACAGACUCUCAGCUUUAUGAGGAUGCUGUGGAGAUGCAGAUGUUCUUCAUCAAGAUCCGUGAUGAGCUGUGUAAGAAUGGUGAGAUGCUGCUGACGCCGGCUCUCAGCUACACAGAGCGCCACCUUCAGUCUGCCUUGGAGAUGGAGAAGAAGGAGAAGCUGCCCUUGGAGCAGAAGGAAGAUGAAGAGAAGAAGAAGCAGCAGGAGACGGAUGAACCAACAGAAGACAGAGCCAUGGACCAGGCUGACCUGAGUGAAAACAGUGUGAAGGUGAAGGACCAAGUGUACACUGUUGGUGACUUCGUCUACGUGGAACCCAGAUCUUUCGCCUGUGGGACUUUCAGAGAACCAGAGCUGCUGCCUCACAUCAUGCUCAUCGAGAAGUUCAUCACAGACAGCAACGGCACACAGAUGAUGCAGGGCAACUGGUUCUACAGACCAAACGAGACAUUCCACCUGGCAACGAGGAAGUUCUUGGAGAAGGAGGUAUUCAAGAGUGACAUCGUCACCAGCAUCAUGCUGACACAGAUUAUAGGAAGAUGCCAUGUCAUGUUUGUCAAGGAGUACUUCAAGUUUAAACCAGAGGGUAUUCCGGACAAAGAUGUGUAUGUGUGUGAAUCUCGCUACAAUGCCAGGCACAAGGCAUUCAAGAAAAUUAAGAUCUGGUCUGCUGUGAAGAAUGAAGAGCUGAAGAUCCUCCCCCGAGAGCUGCCCAUGUCACCAGUGAGGGUGUCAUCAGUGUUUGCUGACAAGACCAGUGAUGGCAAGGACGAGGAUGAUGGCGAGACCAGCGUCCUGGACAAAGUCAGACAGACUGUAUUGGCAGAGGGCAGCUCUGAAGAUGGACAUACAAACUAUGAACAGUACAUUAUUGGUUCUAGUUGUUUCAAACUUGGUGACGCUGUGUAUGUGAGGUCAGAUCGUGAUCGACCGCUUGUCGCCAGAAUUGACAGAAUCUGGACCAGCCCAACUGGUGACCCAUUCUUCAGUGGCCCGUGGUUUGUGUGUCCAACGGAGAUUGAACACUCUCCAACCAGGUUGUUUUACAAGAGAGAAGUGUUCCUCAGCUCAAUUGAGGACACCAACCCUCUACGGAGUAUUAUUGGGAAAUGCUGUGUGCUACACUAUAAAGAAUAUUGCUCAAGUCGACCCACUGAGUAUUCAGAGCAGGAUGUGUUUAUCUGUGAGUCCAAGUACCAUGAAGGAGAGAAGUCCAUCAAGAAACUUGGCAAGGGACUCAAGAAGUAUUCUCUGUCCCCGAAGGUCACUGAUGAUGAGAUCUAUUUCUUCAGGAAGCCUAUCAGUCCACAGAAGGAGCCGUCUCCACUGUUACUGAAGGUGGCUGAGGAGGUGACCAUGGAGGUGGAGGAUUCCCAGGACACAGAGACAGACAAUGUUCCUGAGACCGUCAACAUCUCCUCAGAGGAAGUCAGCACCCCACAGCCAGAGAAGUCGGCCAAAAAGGUUGGGAAAGCAAAGAGCAACGUGCGACGCCAGCCGAGUGGCUACAUCGUGUUUGCUGGCGAGAUUCGAAAACAGAUCCAGCAGGAAAACCCUGACUGCUCAUUUGGUGACAUCAGCAGGAUUGUUGGCACGCGGUGGAGGAACUUGGAGAAGGAGGAUAAGGAGAGGUUCGAGGAGAAAGCCAAGAAGAUUGCAGAAGAGCAGGCUGCCAAACAGCAGGAAGCAGAGCGGGCCUUUAACGAGAGUCUCAACCGUUCCCAGAGUCCCUGGAACGACUUCGGUCGUGUCUCCCCAGGGGCCAGCACCAGGCCAGCCACACCAGGUUCAUACCAGCAAGGCUACCCCCAGGGGUACCAGGGCUACCCCCCACAGCCGGGGAUGCAGUAUGGGAUGCAAAACGGUCCUAUGACCCCCCAGCAAGGAAUGCUCUACAAUGUGACUAGGGCUCCACCACCCAACGGAAUGCCGAUGCUCUCAGGGCAGCGCGGUUACAUGCCGCCAUAUCAACAACACCCAAGCAGGCCACAAGGACCUUAUAUGACCUACCCCCAAGGCCAAACCCCUCCCCCGGGGACUCAGAGCCCUGUCCCCAAUAUGAACCCCCUUCCCCCCAUGUCCCCUGGCUCGUAUCCCAUGAUGCCGCACAGCCCUUCUGGAGGAAUGCUGCCAGGACAAAUGCAGCAGCAGAUGGUUCCCCCACCCCCACCACCACGCCCUCCGUCACCAGUGUUUGUGUCCGUACCCCCCAGAACACAACGGCUCCUGCACUCUGAAGCCUAUCUCAGGUAUAUUGAGGGGCUUAACACUGAAAGCAAGACUAUAGGAGACUGGGACAAGACCCUCUCAGCUACCCCAGAAAACACACCUGCUGUCCCAGAAAGCCGACUCCCAACUCAAUGGCUGGCCCAGGGGGCUGGUUACCAUGGCAAUGUUACUAAUGCAUUGUGGGCUCUACGAGAUUUCAUGCUGAAAGACACUCUCAACAUUGCACGAACCAUACCCUUUGAAGACUUGUAAAUCUGUUUUAGCCUACCAUGAAUUCAACACCGAACAGCAUCUGAACAACUACUUCAUUUUUAUCAUAAGCUGAAAGCUUCAGACAUUGUCGUCAGUCUGUUUUGCCAUUUUAAGCUUUGUGAGUCCUUGUCACAAUUUCAACUCAGCAAUGGUGCUAUAAACAUUAAUGGCAAAACUCAUUUUCAUCUGUUUAGACCGAGCACUUCAUCGAUUCCAUUUAAAAAUGGACUUUUCAUGGCACCAUUACUUCAUCUUUUUACAUUUUAUGAUUGUUUCAUUGUCUUUUCUUCCAUCUUGCUAAAAUAUGAUCUUAGUUCUGAACGAAGAUCUGAGGAAAUUUCAUUACUGGUCAUGUCAGGAGAUCGUUCAUUUGACCGAUCAAGGCGUUGCUCACCGGAUCAGGAAAGUGACAGUCCAAAUCUGUUUUCAUAUCAUGCAACCUCUCAAGGUUAACACUGUGUAUUUCGAACAGUCAGUACUCGCUGUACGACUGGUUCUGUCUAAUCACUAUUCAUUACUUGCUUCACUGGGACUGACAUUACAGAACAAAUAGGCUUUUCAUAGCCAAUGGGAGGUACUGCCUGACAGUCUUGCCUAUCUAUUAAGCUUUCUAGAUUGGUUCAACUGUCAAAUAAUUUGAGGAUUUUAUGAAAAUACUUUUCAAAGUUCUUAGUCUGGAAUUGAGGACCCCUGUUUGAAACGUGUGCCUUUUAGCUUGUGAAAGCUGCUUUCUGGUUGGCUGAUGUUAGCUUCCCACUAAAAGUUUUAUUGCUUGUUCAAAAUAUUGUUCUGACAAGACCUGUAAUAGGUAUCCACAGAUCUUAGUUUAGUCGUAGCAAGAACUAAGAUCUGAUUUUUAUGAGAUUAGUCUUUUCUUGGGGCUUGAGGGAAUUGCUGGAUAUGGUUUAUCCACUGCUGCCAAUCAUUCAUGGUUAUGUGUGAGUGAAAUGAACACAUUGUCCAUUACUACCAUCUUGUGAACAAAAUACAUUCUAUGUUAUGUAUGUGAUUUCUUGUUUUAUGGGGUAAUUGUUGAUAUCUGGUUGUAAGCAUUUGUGAAUGUGUGGACAGUUAGAAAUAGACAGAUCUAUAUUUCAAGUUUAGAGACUGAAAAAACAACAUGAGAUCAUCUUUUAUAUUCUUGUUGCUUUUUUAGCUGACUUGUUAAUAAAAUAAUUUAUUGUCUCCUAAA